GUUAGUUUUAGUGAAGAUACCCACAAAAAUUUUACCUGCCAUCUCUUUGUCGCUUUAGAACGUAAAGGGAUUCGUGUGUAUAGAACGGAAUUUAUUCGGACUGAACUAAUGAAGGCACUCGAGAAAUCAAGGAUUGCAGUUGUGGUGUUCUCUAAAAACUAUGGUAAUUCGAAUUGGUGCCUGGAUGAGCUGGUUAAGUUCAUGGAAUGCAAAAGGCUGUUCAAUCAAAGGGUGAUGCCUAUUUUCUACGAUGUGUCUCCAUCCGAGGUGCGAAAACAGGAGGGCAAUUUCGCAGAGGCGCUACUGAAUGGCCCUGAAGACAAGGUGAACAGUUGGAAGGUUGCUUUGACGUACGUUGCAAGCUUGGCAGGCUCUCAUUUGAAUCCGUAUCGAUGCUGAAACUCCAUUUUCUAUUACUGAAGGAACUGGGAAAGGACCAAAUAAAUGGUGCCAAAUUGAUCCAGAUUGGAAAGAUUGUGCUAAUGGAUGAAUGAAAUCUCCUAUUGAUCUUCUGGACUGAAGGGUGCUGGUUUUUAUUAGCUUGGCGAAGUUAAAAAGGGAUUACGAACCAGCUUGGGUUGUUGUGAAGA